UUGCAACAGGGAAUUUCGGACAUGCACAACACACUCCGGCAGGGAAUCUUUAGAGCAGACAGAACAGGGAGGUCGGGCGGAGGUUCCUGCAGAGGCUGACUCCCUCUGGAGCCGCAGGGGCUUCACAGCAUGACCAGAGGCAGGAGAGGAGGCUGACCCACUUGUUCCCAUCAGCUCCUGAAGGUGACACUGAGCCCCUCACUACCAAAGCAGGAGCCUGCAUUUGUCACAUAAAGACAGCCAGGCCGGUGGACCUUUGCCUCCAAAGUUAGAGAGCCAGAGAGCCAUGGGCAAAUCGCCAGAGAUGUGGUGCUUUGUCUUGUUUUCUCUUUUGGCCUCACUUUCGGCCGAGCCCACCAAGUAUGGGGAGAUCCUGUCCCCUAAUUAUCCCCAGGCGUACCCCAAUGAGGUCAUGAAAACUUGGGACAUAGAAGUCCCAGAGGGGUUUGGGAUUCACCUUUACUUCACCCACCUGGACAUAGAGCUGUCGGAGAACUGUGCGUACGACUCAGUGCAGAUAAUCUCAGGAGGCAUGGAGGAAGAGCGACUCUGUGGCCAGAGGACCAGCAAGAGCCCCAACUCCCCCAUCAUAGAAGAGUUUCAAUUCCCAUACAAUAAACUCCAGGUGGUCUUUAAGUCGGACUUCUCCAACGAAGAACGGUUUACUGGCUUUGCAGCGUAUUACACAGCCAGAGACAUAAAUGAGUGCACAGAUUUUACAGAUGUUCCUUGCAGCCACUUCUGCAAUAACUUCAUUGGUGGAUACUUUUGCUCCUGUCCCCCAGAAUACUUCCUCCACGACGACAUGAGGAAUUGUGGAGUCAACUGUAGUGGGAAUGUAUUCACUGCCCUGAUUGGGGAGAUCUCAAGUCCCAAUUAUCCCAAUUCAUACCCGGAGAACUCAAGGUGUGAAUACCAGAUUCGGCUGCAGGAGGGCUUCCGAGUGGUGCUGACUAUCCGGAGAGAAGAUUUUGAUGUGGAACCCGCUGACUCGGAGGGGAACUGCCAUGACAGUUUAAUCUUUGCUGCAAAAAACCAACAGUUUGGUCCUUACUGUGGCAAUGGGUUCCCUGGACCACUAACUAUUAAAACCCAGAGCAACACUCUUGAUAUUGUCUUUCAAACUGACCUAACGAUGGGGCAACAAAAAGGCUGGAAGCUUCGUUACCAUGGAGAUCCCAUCCCCUGUCCCAAAGAAAUCACUGCCAACUCUAUUUGGGAGCCCGAAAAGGCGAAAUACGUGUUUAAAGAUGUGGUGAAGAUAACAUGUGUGGAUGGAUUUGAAGUUGUGGAGGGAAGCGUUGGCUUGACAUCAUUCUAUUCCACGUGUCAAAGCAACGGACAGUGGAGCAAUUCCAGGCUAGAGUGUCAACCUGUGGACUGUGGUGUUCCAGAACCCAUUGAGAACGGUAAAGUUGAAGACCCAGAGGACACUGUGUUUGGCUCCGUCAUUCGCUACACGUGUGAGGAGCCAUAUUACUACAUGGAACAGGAAGAAGGCGGGGAGUAUCACUGCGCUGCUAACGGGAGCUGGGUGAAUGACCAUCUGGGCAUCGAGCUUCCAAAAUGUAUUCCAGUCUGUGGAGUCCCCACUGAACCCUUUAAAGAAAAGCAGAGGAUAUUUGGAGGAUACCGUGCAAACAUCCAAAGUUUUCCCUGGCAAGUCUUCUUUGAGUACCCCAGAGCUGGCGGGGCUCUAAUUGACGAGUACUGGGUACUGACGGCCGCUCACGUUGUGGAGGAAAACUCUGACCCAUCGAUGUAUGUUGGGUCCACGUCUUUGAGAAUGGAUAACUUGCAAAAUGCCCAGAGGCUCACCACCGAACGUGUGAUCAUUCACCCCGGCUGGAAGCUAGGAGAUGAUCUAAACACACGGACUGAUUUUGACAAUGACAUUGCCCUGGUGAGGCUGAAAGACCCUGUGAAAAUGGGACCCACUGUGUCCCCCAUCUGCCUGCCAGGCACCUCUGCAGAGUACAACCCCUCAAAGGGUGACCUGGGGCUGAUCUCAGGGUGGGGCCGGACAGAAACGAGAUUCAAUGUUAUCCACCUCAGAGGGGCGAAGUUACCUGUCACCUCUUUAGAAAAGUGCAAACAGGUAAAAGAGGAGAAUCCCAAAGCAAGGCCAGCUGACUAUGUUUUCACUGACAACAUGAUCUGUGCUGGCGACAAGGGUGUUGACAGUUGUGAGGGGGACAGCGGGGGUGCUUUUGCUCUGCCGGUCCCCAAUGUCAAGGACCCCAAAUUCUACGUGGCUGGCCUGGUGUCUUGGGGGAAAAAGUGUGGGACCUAUGGGAUCUAUACGAAAGUGAGGAACUACGUGGACUGGAUCCUGAGAACUAUGCAGGAGAACAGUGAACCCAGGAAGGACUAGUCCGGAGGCGACAACACCCUUCCAGGGCACAGCAAGCUCAUUUUUUCUCAGACCGUAUAGCUGUCCCCUUAUUUCACAAUGAUGGAGAGAAGAUGCCGGAGUAUGGUUAACUCUCGACUUGAUUGUCAAGAAGCCUGCGUGGAGGCAGGGUUGACCACUGAGCCGAGUUGGUUAUUCAGUUGCUAUUGCUAACAACAUGGUGGAAGCCCCUCUGUCUUGCGCGUUUCCACAGGGAUAUCUUAUCCGAUUUCCCCCUCAUUUAACCUGCUUGAAAUUUCUUAUUUACUUAUAAUAAAGCAUGUUUCCAAUCUG